AUGGCAAUGAAUGCUCCGACAGAUCAGACGGAAGAGGACGCGACGGAACUGCAGUUCCCCAAAGAGUUUGAGAACUCGGAGACACUGUUGAUAUCGGAGGUGGACAUGCUUUUGGAGCACAGGAAACAACAGAACGAGUCCGCGGAGGAGGAACAGGAGUUGUCCGAAGUGUUUAUGAAGACUCUCUCCUAUUGUCAGCGCUUCAGUCGCUACAAGAAUCGGGAGACCAUCGCCGCUGUCAGAGCAGACGAGUGCGUCUUCUUCGACGUAUUCAUGCUCAACCGUGUCAACCGGUUGGAAACGGGGCUUUGUGGGCUACUCCGCUUUCGUGAGGCCGCUUUCAAGACGAAGAGCUCAGACAUAUUCUCGACGACAUUCAGACUCAAAGAAGUCUUCAGUACUGAUCACUUGAAUCCGCUCUCAUUACAAACCUAUCCAACGAUUCCUAUCUAA